GGCUGGUUACAGAGCACUCCGUGGGGUGAGAAGGGGGUGGCUCUCCCGGGACAGGUACUUUCCGAAGCUAGGAAACCCGCUCAGCUCUUGGCGUCCCGGGACCCCUUCAACACCGGGGUCCCCAGGGAGCCGCCCUGCGAGGGGCGGGGCGCCCUCUGUUCCUCACGUUGGCUUUCAGCCUCUCGAGUUACAGCUUCGAGUUCUCCCGCGCGUGCCUUUCCUUGCUCCGGGCAAAAGCGGCGGGACGGCAGUGGCGCGGUCAGGAGAGAACCCCCGCUGAGCUCCGGACACCAGCUGGGAAGGCGCCCCGCCCGCCGCUCAGCUUCCACCCCUCCCGGCGGCAGCGCGGGGAAAGCCCCCGCGGCUCCUCCCACCCCAGGGGCUUUUCUCCAGUCGCCAGCGAGUUUGCUUCUGGAGCGCAGCCGCCUGGCGCCGCUUUCCUCCAGGCUGGGUCGCGCAGGGGCCCCUGGCUCUUCUGCGAACUCAAGGGGCAAGAAUCGGUGACCUCGGGGCGCGCCCCGAGUCCGGGUCCCUUAACCCGCACCCCAGCCCCCGGCCCGCGCCUAAGCCUCCAGCAUGGUGCUGCUGGCUGGGCCCGGGCCGGAGGGCGGCGGGACACGCUGCUUGUCGUCCCCGCAGUCGCCGACGCCACCCCGGGGAGCUCAGACAGGGGACGACGACCCAGGGGACUACGAAGAGUACGAAGACUUCUCGAGUCUGCCGGACACCCGCAGCAUAGCAUCAGACGAUUCCUUCUAUCCUCCCGGAGGCGAGGAGGAGUGCGGCUCGGGGAGCGCCGAGUGCGUCCCGGAGGGCGUCCCCGAGGCGGCGACCCUCCUGCGCGCCGCCAGCACCAACGACGUGGGGCUGCUGCGGGCGCUAGUGCUGCGCGGGCCGAGUUCCGAGGAGGUACGAGAGACUGACCGCAACGGCCGGACUGGCCUUAUUGUUGCGUGCUAUCAUGGCUUCGUGGACACUGUGGUGGCCCUAGCGGAGUGCCCCCAUGUCGACGUCAACUGGCAGGACAGCGAAGGGAACACAGCUCUCAUCACGGCUGCACAGGCAGGGCAUGCCACCAUCACCAACUACUUGCUGAAUUAUUACCCUGGUCUGGACCUAGAGCGACGGAAUAUAUUCGGCUUCACAGCCCUUAUGAAAGCGGCCAUGCAGGGCAGAACGGAAUGUGUGCGAGCCCUGAUGUUGGCAGGGGCAGAUGUUCAAGCGAGGGAUCCCCGCCGUGGGAUGUCACCACAGGAGUGGGCUGCAUACACUGGCCGAGUGGAGGCUGUUCGUGUCAUGCAGAGGCUGAUGGAGCGGCCCUGCCCAGAGCAGUUUGGGGACAAGUACAAGCCAGAAUUGCCGCUUCCCGCUGAGGCAGUCUUGAAACCAGCACGUUCCAAAAACUGCUUUCAGAGAUUCACAGAGUUCCUGCGGUCCACUCUGACCUCCCGCUCAGGCCAGGGUCUGGCGGAUGGAGGUGUCCUUGAUCACAUGGUCAGGAUGACUACAAGCCUUUAUAGCCCCGCCAUUGCUGUCGUAUGCCAGACUGUGUGCCCCGAGAACCCUCCCUGUGUGGGGAAACGGCGCCCGGCAGUGCAGGAAAUCCUAGCAGCUAGGGGGAACCCGGACACCUAUGCUCAGGAUAGCUCUGAACUGCAAUCCCAGACCUUGGGGACUCCCAGAGUGAAUCCCUGGUCGUCCCAGCCCUCUGGGGUCCCAGGACCCACCCCUGCCCCUGUCUCACGGAAGGCCAGCCUCCUGCCCUUGCAGCUGCUGCGGAGGAGCAGCGUGCGGCCAGGAGUGGUGGUUCCCAGGGUACGCAUCAGCAAGGCCCCUGCACCCACCUUCCAGCCCGAGCGCCCAGCCCCCAAAGGCAAUACCAAGGACAGUGUACACCUGCAGAUCCCCAAGUGGCGGUACAAGGAGGCCAAGGAGGAGAAGAGGAAGGCGGAGGAGGCGGAGAAGAAACGCCAGGAAGAGGCUCAGAAGGAAAAGCGGGCGCCACGUUGGAGGAAAAGGACGUGAAGGGGCCGUGAUACCCACUGCGUGUGUGCCUGGUGUGGGAGGCAGCGCAGGGAUCCAGCUGGGAGACUGCGGGUGGUGUAGAAGCACCACAGAGAGGGGUGCUCCUCUCUGCCGCAUUACACAACCUCUGGGUCAUUUUUCCCUAGACUCACGAAGCAGUUUCCCCAAGACAGAAUUGAAGAGCAUGGAUGGCUUUUGCUUAAAACUAGUUCCCUGAGCAGUCUAUACACCCAAAGGGCAGUUUACCAGAAGUCACCCCUUAAAGGACCCCAAUUAAAAAUUAAAAAAACCUAAUUUAUCAAAGGGCAUUUUCGCAUACUUUUGUAUUUUGUUAUUUAUGAAAAAUUGCAGCAUUUUACAAGUGAUGGGCUCUUUGUAAUUAAGGCAGUUUUGAUACCUGUGUUUGGAGACCCUUUGUUUAAAAUGCUGCCUCUAGCAAUAAAUACUUGUAAUGAUU